AUGAUGGUGGAGACGCACCGCGCGCCGCCGCCUCGAUGUGCGCGCGCGCCCGAGCCUCGCACCAAGCCUGCAUCUGCUUCCGCACCCCCCUCGCUUGCUGGCAGCGGCACUGUUAUGCAUUUACGUCGACGCCGCCACAAGACUGUGCACUUCGGCGAGAAUCUUUUGAUGCAGGUUUGCGCUGACCGGGCGCAUUUGGCAGCUCUAGGCGCGCGGAUACCCGAUGUCUCCUUCUGCCACAAAGCUCACACUGGGCUUCGCAAGGGAGAUGCUAGAUUCUGUUGUGUGGCCCAUCAUUGCUGUCUGGCUGCUGGAGCUCUCGUUGCUUUGACUUCGAACGGGAAACCCAAACCGCGCAGACAACGCAGUGGUGAUUCACAUUCGAGCGGUGGUGAAACUGCGGAUAAGGGGGAGGGCGGCGGCAGUUCAGGAACAAAGGAACUGAAACGUAAAACUAAGCAUCAUCAUCAUCAUCAUCAUCAUCAUAAAGUUCACAGUUGUCCAUAUCAUGAUGUGGCCCCACCCCCUGAAGAUGAACCGGAAGAAAAAGCAAUUGUACCGAAGAAAACUGUUUCGCCUUAUCUCUAUAUACCUAGCAAAUUAGAGCCGAAUGUACAACAAUUAUUCAGUUUUAUAGAAAGUGUUUUGAGUGCAUGGGCUGCCGAAGAAGGUCUUACGAGUACAGGGGAAUAUUCAGAGCCUGACGAACGCAUUGUACGCCGACGUAAACUGAAUAAAUACAAAAAACGUACAGACGUACUCAACAUACGACGAAUAGUUUAUGAAGUAUCGAUUUUACAAGGCACUAAAUUACUAGGUAACGUGAGGUUUCGACAUUACCAUUGGAAAGGAACUGCACAAACAUGCAAUGAAGCGUUUUUAAGGAAGGUAAGUUAG